CUGCUUUCCUUUCCUGGAGGAAGCGUCAAUAGGAGGCAGCCGGGACAGCGCUGCGGCAGCACUCGCGCCAGCUCAAGCCCGCAGCUUGCAGGGAGAUCCAGCUCUGUCCUGCCCGCAGCAGCCCAGCCCUGCGCAUCACCAUGGACGUCUUCAAGAAGGGCUUCUCCAUCGCCAAGGAGGGCGUGGUGGGUGCGGUGGAGAAGACCAAGCAAGGGGUGACGGAAGCAGCUGAGAAGACCAAGGAGGGAGUCAUGUAUGUGGGAACCAAGACCAAGGAGAAUGUUGUGCAGAGCGUGACCUCAGUGGCUGAGAAGACCAAGGAGCAGGCCAACGCAGUGAGCGACGCCGUGGUGAGCAGCGUCAACACCGUGGCCACUAAGACCGUAGAGGAGGCGGAGAACAUCGCGGUCACCUCCGGGGUGGUACGCAAGGAGGACCUGAAGCCAUCUGCUCCCCAACAGGAGGGUGAGGCUGCCAAAGAGGAAGAGGAAGUGGCAGAGGAGGCCCAGAGUGGGGGAGACUAGAGGCUGCAGGCCAGCACGGAUGCCCCGAGGAGCGCUCCUCUGCCUUGGACACCAUCCCCUUCCAGCACAAGGAGUGCCUGCCUUGAGUGACCUGCAGCUGCCCACGCUUCUGCCCUCAUGUCUGACCACCCCUGGCCUGUCACCUGUGCUGCUGCACCUACCUCACUGCCCUCCCUCGGCCCCGCCCACCCUCUGGUCCUUCUGACCCCACAUAUGCUGCUGUUAAUUUUUUUUUAUGAUUCCAAAUAAAACUUGAGCCCACUCCU